AUCGAAAACCAGCAUAAUCAUGAACUUGUAGAAAAUAUUUCUACUCUCACGUUCAGUUAUCGAAGAUUUGCUUCAGAAAUGCGUGAUGAUGUUAGGUUACUUGUCGCAUGUGGUGUACGCCCUGGUGCAAUUAUUGAAGUUUUGCAGUACAAAAAUUUAGAAAAAUAUAUUCACGAUCGUAACGUUUAUAAUUUGGUUAAUUCUAUCUACUGCAAAAAAAACCAUGUUAAAAGUGAUGCUGGUUCUAUGUAUGUCGAUCUCAUAAAACAGCAGUACAAAAAUCUAUCUUUUCAUAUUGAUGCGCAAUUUGAGAGCCAAGAUAAUCAUCUUAUUCAGCUCUGCUGGAUGUAUCCAUCUCAACAAGAUAGCUUCGAAUGGUUAUUUCAAAGCCUUCUCAGUGCGACAGGUGGAUUAAUGCCACGUUUGCUCUAUACGGAUGCCAAUCUGGCGAUGGUUGCCACG